UCGACAGUCAGUUUCCGUGUGUGCGACGAAUUAUCGCGAAAAUGUCGGCGUCUGACGGUCCCGGAGUGUGAAACGGGACGGCUAUGGGCGUCGCGACGGGCCAAACACGAAAGCCCGAGAGUAGAUAAAAGCGGGGCGACGGCCGCUCGUCUACCGUAAAAAAAUAAGUAAAUAAAUAAAUACGCGUUAUUUAUUCACUUCCGUUCGGGAAAUGGUCGUGGAAAAGUGCGGAGGAUCGUCCUCAUCGUCGUCAGGGAAUGUCGCGUAUGUCCAGGGUCGACCCCGUGACGUCGUAACGACGAUGUGACGGGCAAAGCGUGCUGCUGCUGCUGCGAACACGGCCAAGUACAAAAUGCAAAAGGAAAACUCGGGCCCGUCGCCGGACGUCCAACACCAAUAUGUUGGUCCGUACAGGCUGGAAAAGACCCUCGGUAAAGGCCAAACCGGUCUGGUGAAGCUGGGAGUCCAUUGCGUAACCGGCAAAAAGGUGGCGAUCAAAAUCAUCAACAGGGAAAAAUUGAGCGAAAGCGUGCUUAUGAAGGUGGAGAGGGAAAUCGCCAUAAUGAAAUUGAUCGAUCAUCCUCAUGUACUCGGUCUAACGGACGUCUAUGAGAACAAGAAGUACCUCUAUUUGGUUCUCGAGCACGUAUCCGGGGGCGAGUUGUUCGACUAUCUGGUCAAGAAGGGUCGGCUCACCCCCAAGGAAGCCCGCCGAUUUUUCCGACAGAUCAUAUCCGCGUUGGACUUCUGUCACAGCCAUUCCAUAUGUCACAGAGACCUCAAGCCUGAGAACCUCCUCUUGGACGAGAAGAACAACAUCAAAAUCGCAGAUUUUGGUAUGGCCUCGCUGCAACCGAUGGGAUCGAUGCUUGAAACCAGCUGCGGCUCCCCCCACUACGCGUGUCCUGAAGUCAUAAGGGGCGAGAAAUACGACGGUCGCAAAGCGGACGUAUGGUCUUGCGGAGUGAUCCUCUACGCCCUUUUGGUCGGCGCUCUGCCCUUUGACGACGACAAUCUGCGCCAGCUUCUCGAAAAAGUCAAACGCGGGGUGUUUCACAUCCCGCACUUCGUCCCGCCCGAUUGCCAGAGCUUACUCCGCGGGAUGAUCGAAGUUAACCCCGAGAAAAGACUCACCUUGACCGACAUCAACAAACACCCGUGGGUAACCGCGGGUGGCAAGGGCGAGCUCGAGCUGGAACUGCCGAUGAUGGAGGUCGUCCAGACGCACGUGUUGCCGUCCAUUGAUGCCGUAGAUCCGGACGUCCUCCAGGCCAUAUGCAGUCUGGGUUGUUUCAAAGAGAAAGAGAAGUUGAUCCAGCACCUUCUCAGUCCCAGUCACAACACGGAGAAGGUGAUCUACUUUCUGCUGCUGGAACGGAAACGCAGGCGCCCGGCGUUCGAAGAUGACACCGAUUCGGUUUUGAGAAUCAGGAGCAACGAGUCUUCCGAUCCGCCGAGGAAGAGGAUAGAUACGUGCCGGGUCAAUGGGCAGAGCACUUUUCAGUUCGGUCAGAUUAGCGAAGGGUCUCCUUUAACUCCACGAAGGUCGCACUACAAACGGCAUCACGCGCGGAGGAGUCCUUCUACCGGCAGCACACACAGCAGCCUGAGCAUACACUCCCCCACGCGAUCUUCAGGCUCCUCUAGUCCCGUUAUGUUUAAUAGUACGAUUACACCAGCCAACACGCACUCAGCCAUGUCGUCCCCGAUCAGUCAGAGAAUCCCGUCCCACCACGUGGCGGCAGCGGCCGCCCUGCGUAACUCGACCCACGUAUCGUCCAAUACCCACGUGACCGUGACCCCGCCUCCGUCUACUCCCACCCAUCACCGGGCGAAUAGCAGCGGCGGCUCGUCGAAUAGCCCGUCUCUGACGUCACCGGACAACGACACAGCCGGUCUGGUCGUCAGCCCAGCGAUUUUAACCCCGAUGACGCCUCCCGGUUCGCCGCAUCUGACCGCGACGAGCCACCACUGGCGGUCGAGGUUGACGACCAUCAAGAAUAGCUUUUUAGGAUCGCCGCGUUUCCACCGCAGGAAACUCCAAACGUCCACCGAAGAGGUGCACCUCACUCCGGAGUCGUCGCCGGAACUCACGAAGAAGUCGUGGUUCGGUAGUCUGAUGACGACGGAGAAGGACGAAACGUUCACGAUUUUGGUCAAGGGCAAGCCGCUAGCGACGGUUAAGGCUGAUUUGAUCCACGCGUUUCUAUCGAUAGCGGAGUUGAGCCAUUCGGUGUCUAGUCCGAUGUCGUUUAGGGUGGAGUACAAGCGGGGCACCACGGGACCGGCCAUGUUCCAACGCCACGUGCGGUUUCAAGUGGACAUCUCUAUUAUUACCAAGCAAGUGGAGAACUCCAAGGAGCACCUCUACGCCAUUACUUUUACUCUAUUAUCAGGCAACAUUCGAAGAUUUCGAAGGGUAUGCGAACAUAUUCAAGCGCAGGUUUGCACCAGGAGGCCGCCGCCCAGUCCCAGGGCCCAGAGGAAAUUCACGACGGAGCUCAGCGAGAGCAGCAGCUGCGGUUCCGACUCCAGCGAACUCUAUUUGAACGCACGCCAGGUAAACGUUCUCCAAUUGGAGAGCAGCGACUUGGAGAGCGAAUGCAGCGUGUUCGACGUGCGUACGGCCGUCAGAGACGUGUCGAGGCGAGCGUCGACCAACAACAACACGGAAUGCGAGCAGAACGCACCGGGCACGCCGAAAGCGGUACGGUCGAGUUCGGAAAACACCGACCCCUGCGAGAAGGCUUGCAUCACCACCAUGUCGGGCAGUUCGAUCGCGUAAUAUUUGUUUUCGUAGGCUAUGUAAAUUUUCCAGAUGUCGGUUUCUAUAUACAAAUCACUUCGGAUUGAUUCGAACAAGUUAAUUUAGGAACUAACGUAAAACGAUUCAAGGGAAGGGAGAAAUACAAACGACACGUGUAUCGAACAGCGUCGAUACGAGAAAUAAAGGUGCCUUUACAGAUUUGUGUAAGGUGCGAUUGAGUGAGAACUAAAAUAAACACUUAAACUUCAAAUAUUUCGCUUGCCUUGCUUAUAUACAGGGAUAUUCAAGCAAAAUACAAUGCUUUCCAAACAAAUUUACUUCUCUUAUAAAUGGAGUCCUGUAGGAAAGGAGUGUAGCCUACAAAACGGCACUUGGACCUCAGAAAGCCCGUUGGAACGGAAUACUUAGCUUUUCAUCAAGCCUAGUAUCUCCACAUAGGCGAUGACAGCUAAAAGCGUCUUCACCUUGAUUAUCCUGUUCGCACCCCCCCUGUGCGUAGGGUAUUGCCUAAACCCUAAAUUGGUGUUUAUUACGUAAUGACAGUUCUCCUUUAUCGUUUCUUUAAUGGCUGACGUCAAGAGAGAAUCUAUAAAGUUCAGUCUGGCAAUCUUCCUCACCAGUUGGCGGAAUGAUUACAUUAUCGAAUACGUCACGUGCUAGUGCUAGUUCCGACGUAUGUAUAUGUAAGGAAUUUUUAAAUAAUUUGAGUUUUGUCAAAAUGUAAUCUAAUUUUAAUUUCUCAAUUACAUAAGAAGUAGAAAUUAUUUCUGAGGUACAAAGUGCGAAAUUUGCAAUAGACCACAGUUUAUACCGGAUGACAAAAGAAAGUAGGAACACUCUAUAACUUCUAAAAAGCUUGAGAUAGCGAUUUAAAAUUUGAAAGGGAUAAUAUAGACUGAAUGUCCAAUUUUUUGACAAUAUGUAGUCAAUGGUUGCACUUCCACUUUGAGCGAAAAUGACAGUAAUUUCGAAUUUCAGCUACGGAAGAUAGGACAGUCACGGGUUACCUGAUCAUGGGAAAAAUUGUAAAUAAUAAUAAUAAUAAUAAUAAUAUACUUUAUUCAGGUAAUUUCGACAAGAAAAGGCAAGAGUGCAGCGCCCAGACGUAUCUGCUUGCUGAUUUCUACACUUAUCCUUACACAUAACAUCACACCAUGGUUUUAAUUAAUGUUUACAAUUUACAAUACGUUAAGUACCCACUUAAUUAUAUAACAGAAUGAAAAACCUAAACCUACCUCUGUAAAUAAAAAAACUGUAAAUACCACAAAUUUUUAAAGAAUUCUAGCAGUGCACAUUGGUUAGAUUCUUCCUGCGCUCUGUAACUCCUCAAUGUUUUUUUUUCAUUUUUUUUCUCUUUAAAUUCCAGAACAUAACCACGUUUAUAGUUAAUUUAGAAAAGAAUUUAUUGUCGCAUUCUGAACGGAGAGAUAAUCUAAGAAUUUUGUUGUGACAAUAAUAAACAGAACAGGAGCUAAAAUUGAACCUUGAGGAACUCCACUUCUUAUGUCUAGGCAAGCAGACUCGACCCCGUUCAGGACCACCUUUUGCUUUCUCCCUGUUAAGUAGUUUUUAAUUAAAUUUACGGAUGCCUCUCCAAAACUUAAGUAUUUAAAAAUAGUGAGUAGAAUAUUGUGGCUAAUGGUAUCAAAAGCCUUAGAAUAAUGGAGUAGAACCAACACAGCGCACUUACCUUCAUCAAUUUCUCUGAUGAUGUUAUCUGUCACAUUAAGAAGCGCUGUAGCACAACUGUGCCCCCUCCUAAAAACGGCUUGUGUUUUGUCAAUUAGUUUCUCCUUUUCAACAUAAUUUGUUAUUUGGCUUUUCAGGACACGUUCUAUAACCUCGGAUAAUAUUGGCAGAAUGGAAAUGGGCCUUAAGUCGCUAAGCGACUGCGGGUUGUCAAUCUUAGAAAGACGGACAAUAUUAGCUACUUUCCAAAGAGAGGGAAAAACAGAAUGGGUGAUGCAAAAAUUUACAAGAUGACAUAUGUACUUUAAUAUAAAAGGGCAACAAAAAAAUUAUAAAGUUGAUAUGGAUUCCGGAUGAAACUUUUCUUUACUAGUCUAAUGGCAAAUAGCAUUUAAUGUAAUGAACUCUUAUUUUUUGGGAUAACCUAGUUUUUUAUUUAUUAUUUUUAAAAUCCGUCAAAAAAUAAGCUCACAGAAAGAAAAAAAGCAAAUAAGUAAAUACAUUUUUAUAAAAACAAAAUAUUGCUUAGGUGGCUUUUUUCUAUUCAUCGUCAAGUCAAGAAAAUUCUGACAGUUUGUACAUUUCUUUCUGAUUUGGAUUAUCAGGGCAAACAAUAAUCAAUUUACAAUUGGAGAAAGAGUGAAUAUGUUUCUGAUAUACGGGGAAUGCAGAAAAAACUCUCGACGGUCUGUUUUUUCCUUCCUGUGAGCUUAUUUUUCAACGGAUUUUAAAAAUUUUGGUAUCAAAUUGUUGCAAAAAAAAGUAGCGGUUUUAAAAAAAAUUUGUUCCCACUAGGGUGCUAUUUGAAAAAACUAGGUUAUCCCAAAAAAUUAAUAGUUCAUUACAUUAAAUGUUAUUUGCCAAUAGACAAGUAAAGAAAAGUUUCACCUGGUAAAUAGUACUUAUGAUGGUCCCAGUCUCCUAGACACAAUUUUCAAAAAUUAUAUAAAAAUUUUAAAAAACACAAAAAAAAGAGAAAAACCGUCAUAUCCUACACAGAAUGAUCUUCUGAAUCCAAAAAUGCAAAAAAAUAUAGGUUGUGCCAUUUAAAAUUCGAAAGUUACAGUCCUUUCCGCUCAAGCCGGAAGUGACUACAUAUUGUCAAAAAUUUCAAUAUUCAGCCUAUAUUAACCCUUUCAAAUUUCAAAUGGUUAUCUCAAGCAGUUUAAGAGUGUUCCCACUUCCUUGUGUCACCUGGUAUGCCAAUUAUAGAGAAAUAACUUUAAGUGAAUAUAACUUGAGUAAUUCGGAUAGAACACCAUGUUUUUUAACAUUAUUUUGGCUAUCAAUUUGUGUCGAUGGAGUGUAAAAUGAUCAAAUGCAAUAAUAUUACAUUCACAGAGCAUUCACUAAAGAGAUUUUACAGCAAAACCAUACCUCAAUAAAUUGCAUAUCAUUUCUAAAUGCAGCAGCCAACUAGUUGUUAUUAGAUUGAAACAACUUUUUUUUCCUACCCUGUCUAAUAACUGAUAAACUAUAAACUAAUAACUAAUAAAUUCGCAUUACUUAAAAAACUUUAAGGUCCACGUAGGAUUAACAUUGACACAUGAGAGUGAAAUCAAAAAAUCAUAUAAUAUACAUAGGCUCCAUUAAGAGAUGGUACUUUUAACGUUUUGGUAAUUUUGAUAAGUUAUCAUGGAACUUUACACGUCCCAAAAGCAAGAUUUUUGAGAACCGUAAAGCGUGGAUAAUCCUGUAUAAAUUCAAUUUUAGAUUUUACGUAGAAAAGUUGACUUUAUUUAACUUUCUUUAACUACCGUUUCCAACAUAAAACUUAACUUUAGCAAAUUUCACAUAAUCUGAGUUUGCCAAAGAUCGUUUUAAAUUAAACUUUUUGGCAGUUAUUUAUUUAUUAUUAUUUAUUUAAUUGCAUUCUCGGUACAUACUUUUUAAACAUAAUAUUGGACGACAAAUUUAAACAAACUACUCGGCAAAGCAUAAAAACACAUGAAAUCAUUAAAUUAAAAAAACAUGUGACUUGUUUCGUCUAAAGUGACAUCAUCAGACAUUACCGAUUACUGUUAUAUGAAAAAAUUGCAAAAACCAGUUGGUGGCCUAUAGGCCUAUAAUUAGCUACUUCUGUAUUGGUAUGAUUUGUGCUUAAACAUUUAGUCAAAAUAAUAUUGAGAGGCAGUGCCCAAUGUAGUACAGAGUAUUAUUCAGUUCUAAAGUAGUUAAUAGUUGUGUUUAACCUUGGGAGUCUGCCACAGUUCCGUCAAUGUAGGUUAUUUUAGAGGGUAACGAUUUUCCAUCCUUUCUGUUAUUCAUAUAUGAGCAAAAUAUGUUUGUAUCUUUUUUAAGUUAUUUUUAAUUGUUUUGUUUUAAAAUCUUUUCGUAAUAGCGAAAAUAGAUUGUAAUCAUUGAUGUUUCUGAAUUUUUGGCAGUUUUUCCUAACCUCCUCUGUGUCGUCACACUGUAACUUUUUUGUGACAUAAGUGGCUACAGAUUUGUUUGUUUUACACUUUAAAAUUCAUUUUUAUCUCAAGUGCAGGAUGGUGGAUGUCUUCCUGUACCUACAAAGGGACUGCCGGUUCUGUUGACAUUAGCAAACAUAUUUCGUGAAAUAACUGAAUCUAACAUCCUAUUAAUGUGUUUCCUGAGUUGCGUAAGGGUUUCGUCGCACCACAGGGCACCAAAGCGGAAAUGUCGUGGUCCCUGUCCUAACCAAUGUAGGUAAAAUUAAAAUCCCCAAUAGAAAUUUGAUAUGAAAGCAAUAUAAGUGUUCUAUGAGUGUUCGUUGACAUAGAUUUUUUUCUUCUCAGAAAAAUGAAGUGAAGAUGUAUUAAGUUUUUUGCCUACGAUGGGCCUUUUCCCUAUAGAUAAUAAUAUUUGCGGUCUGGGUUUGACAUUUUUAUGGGUCUGAUGAUGACUUUUAGUCGAAACACGUUAUUAAAAUUUGUGUUUUGAAGGCUGAUACUAUAAAUUUUGCGUGUUUUUUGUGUUCCCUAUAUUUAACACUGAGAGAAUUGAUUAAUUUAUUUUAAAUUAAGCGAAAAAUAUCUUGAUGUUUGGACGUUAUUUCCUAAACUAAGCAGCGUAUCGAUUCAUCGUCAGCAGACCCAUCAACAGAUAUCACUAGGUCCGGGUGAUAGGACUAAAACGAAAAGUAUUCUUGAACAUUGUUCCUGACAACCGAAAUUUUUUGAGUUAGUUGUGUGUCGGAUAAAUCUCAUCGUUCGCUAACGACCCCCUAAAUUAUUGGUUAUUGUUGACUGUUAAUUUUUUAAUGUUCUAAUCUUAAGAGACGUGUACAUAGAUAGUUAAUGACUGGCCUGAAUUUCGAUACUAUAAGCUUUCGCGCAGAUGAAAAUUAAUAUAUACAUAUAAUCAAAAUAUCAAACGGCGUUUAAAAUUAAGGACAAAUUAAGGUUCAAGUUUUUCGUUAAUUGUGGAAAAAUUUUUUCGAUUACUGUAGAAAGCUCGUAACACCAAAUGGCAGUUUUAAUUUUGAACAAGCUUCUCACAUCUUCACGAUGAUCAUACUUGGUUACGAUUCCCCAAAAUUCAUCCAUUGAAUGCCAAUUUGUGAUAUCCGUAAUCGCCGUCUCCGAACGGUUGGAACAUUUCCAAUAGGCUUCGACAACUAUUUAUCCGUGAAUUUGUGUUUCGAAAUAAUUUUAGGUCGUAUAAAAAAAUUCGAAGGAAAUUGUGAAGCUUACACUGUAUAUACGCUGACGCUUGUGUCCAUUUUCCAAAUAAUGUUCUUUGGUGUUUGUGUACGAAAUAUUCGAUAUUCCAGAACGUAAAACUUCUGAACCCCAAAAACUGAUUAAUCAUCACUAGUUAGGCGAAUCAAAGUGUAAAUAAGAUACGAUAAUAUAUUGUAAAAUGCAGGAACUGAUUGAGAAACGUCGGUUUUGUACAUGACGAUCGAGAGGCGAUUCACGAUCUUGCGGGUUACGACUCGCGUUUCUUUGUUUACGACCGCGUGUGUAUAAAAUCGUCGUUUAUCACUGCGAGAUAUUUAAAAAAAUAUAUGUAGAACCGUAGCUACCGGCCAAUAAACAAAUUAUUCCGCAUCAAACGUUAUGUACCAUACAUUUUCGUGUAACGUAUAAACUUUUAAUUGAACAUAUCAAUCGUCUUUAUCGAGGAACAUUUUCUCUCAUUUACCUGUCGCUUCAUAUCAUCGCGAUCCUAUUACACCAUUGGUAAUUCAAGUAGCCUAAUUUUUAUUCUUGGUCCUGCGGGGGUUGGGGUACUAUUGACAAAUCUUUCCCGAUAGGGAAAACUGUCUUGCAAAAAAUUUAACAUUGCCUAACGGUUCUUGCGGUUAUACAUUAUAUUACUUUUUGAAUUUUGAAAAAAUUAGGGCGACUUUGUAUAAGAUUUUUAACCGAUUGUGACAGUUUUCCCUGGAAAACCACAAAGCACUUUGACAAUUACCGCCAACGAAAAAUUCAUACAAAGUUGCCUUAUUUACUUUAUAAAUUUAAAUUUAAUUCUUAUUUUUUAGUAACCUGCAUCUCUUCAAUGUGAUUUACCACAGUAAAAUUUUCAAUGGUUCGGAAUACAAAAAAUGGCUUCAUUAUUGAGGGAAAAUAUCAAAUUUUCAAAUUUUCUGUAACUUUAAUGUUGCCAUAAAGGAAUCCGUUUAAUAUUUUUGAAAAUUCCAUACGUCACGCAAUCGCGAUUUAAUUGCGAAACCGAUAAAAACGUUUUUAGCGGGGUUGAUUUCGACCCUCGCGAACUAUUUUAUAAUAAAUUUGCGAUAUUAAUAUCAAGGUGAAUAUAGUUUAUGUGUAAGUGCUUGUAAAUAAUAUUGUGAUAAUAAUAAAUCAAU